AUGACUCUGGAAGAAGUGCAGAUCCAGCCCGCCUCCCCCUGCGCUGCACAGGCGCUGGUUGACGUGUUGGACACUGCUAAAGACACCGACAGCCUGACCGUUGGCGUGUACGAGUGCGCUAAAGUGAUGAACCUAGACCCGGACAGCGUGUCCUUCUGCGUCCUGGCUGUGGAUGAGCAGUUUGAGUGGGACGUGGCUCUUCAGAUCCACUUCACUCUCAUCCAGUCCUUCUGCUUCGACAACGACAUCAGCAUCGUGCGCGUGAGCGACCGCCAGCGUCUGCAGGAGCUGGUGGGGCGCACAGAGGAGGACGCUCACUGCGUGCUGAUCAGCGGCCCGUGUGAAGGCGCAUGGGACGAGCCGUCUGUGGAGAAGCUGCGCAUGUUCUGUGAAGAGAGGCGCGCGCUCAACGACUGGGUUCCUGAGAUCAGUCUGCCCGAGCGCUGA